AGCUGUUCGACUGUCAGUUUUAUUCUUGCCUUCCGAUCCGAUGUUUAUUAAAUCAAAUUCGACUUUUGAGUGUUCAAAUGGCUGACAAAAUUUGCGAAAGCUGGUCGUUCUCCCCUGCAGUCGAGUUUUUCUCCUGGACACUCUUGCAUUUCUCAUCCUGUCGCGCCGUCAAUGGAACUUCCCGGAAUAUUGCAUAAUUGAGACUUCCCGGGCCUUCAAAUUGGAACUUCGACUUUGCGUUAAUUGACGGCUCGCACUGGAAUUAACCUGCCAAUUGCCUUCGAUAUUCCACACUACGCCAAUUGAGCCGUUGAUUUUUAAUAACGAACCGUGGCGCGUUUGGCCACAGUGGCCCGGAUCGGGAAAUCUAAUCGCCGCAGGGACCAUAAAACAAUUCGCAGAGCACACUCCGACUCCGAAUAUGAGCAGGUACCACAGAGGCCGAGGAGCUGGUAGCCCCACGAAUCCAGCGGGGCCAGUCUACGGCGUGAUCUCGACGUUGGACGACGCCACUCCGAGCCCCGCGGAUUUCGCCAGAUGCUCCUCUCUCGAGGCCAAGAAAAGUGAGCUGAGCUUGUUCCUUAACUGGGGAGUACCGCAAAAAAAUAUGGAGAUAAGCUCGAAGCUAAGAAACCGCAGCUGGCUCGUCGACGUGCUGGCUAUCUUCUUUGGCAUAGGCACCUGGCUGGGCGUCAAUGGCACCUUCAUUCAGCUUCCGCUGCUGGUGGACGAGGCACCAGAGGGCUGGAGUCUGCCCUCUUACCUUAGCGUUAUGGUCCAGAUUGGCAACUUGGGCCCAUUGCUGUACACUGCCAUCCAGAAGUACUCGCCCAAGAAACUAAAUGAUGGUUGGACCAUUCACGGAGUGCUCCUAGUGGGAGCCAUAUCGUGCUUGCUGACGGCGUUCUUCUACAACCAAACCGCUUUGGUCGCUGGCACGGAUCACAGCUUAGCCCUCUUCUUGCUAACCUGCUUCACAGCGCUGAAUGCCUGCACUAGCUCGGUGCUUUUUAUGCCCUACAUGGGACGCUUCAAGGAGCAGUACAUGGUCACCUACUUUAUUGGCGAGGGACUGAGUGGUCUUCUGCCCAGCGUGACGGCUUUGAUCCAGGGCAUCGGCGAGAGUGGCGACUGUGUACUGGUCAACGUAACCGAAAGCGGAGAGGAGGUCUACGAGCUGCAGAAGACACCUCCGAGAUUCGAUACCCGUGUUUUCUUCCUCAUUCUUUUCGCGCUCAUGGUGCUAGCCUAUGUGGGGUAUGCACUUCUGAAUUCCCUCCCAUUGGCCAAAAGGGAGUACGCCCAGGUGACCGUCAGUGAGGGCAACAAGUACGUUUACGGAGAGGCGGAUAACCAGCAAGAAGCGGAAAAGCUGAGUAAAGGCCAGUACACAUACCUGCUCCUUCUAAUCGGUGCGAUUUCGCUGUUCAGUAACGGAAUGUUCGGCAGCAUACAGUCCUACUCCAGUGCCCCGUACGGAGCCCAAGCGUACCACCUAGCAGCCACCCUGAGUGUGAUAGCCAACCCGGUGGCCUGCUUCAUGGCCAUGUUCCUGCAUUUUACCUCCCUGCGGAUUAUCACGGUGCUCUCUAUCCUUGCGGGUCUGCUGACCAGCUAUGUUUUCACCACGGCGGCCCUGAGUCCUCUUCCGCCUCUUCACGACCAGACCGUGGGUGCCGUACUCGUGGUCACAGCCUGGACUUUGCUGGUGGGGAUUGUGAGCUACACGAAACUGGGAAUCACAACGGUUAUGCGGGCGCAGGGUGGACAAUCGCUGGUCUGGGUGGGCGCCAUUACGCAGCUAGGAUCCGCUAUCGGAGCAGUGGCCAUCUUCUUUGCUAUCAACUACUCGGACCUUUUCCAGGCCGCAGAGUCGAACUGCUAACCUCGCCACAAACUCGACGAGGCCAGGAUUUCCAGGGAUGCAUCGUGAUUUUAUAAAUGCUAUUACUGUAGUUUAGUGUGAUACUUUAAUGAGUAUUUCCACCUCACGUCACAAUGAAGACAAUACCUAAUUACCUGAACUCGCGCUUUUUUAUACAACAAUUUGCAGUUGAAUUGCAACAGUUCGUAGUUUUAAGUAUAAAAGUCGAUAUCAACAAGUCCAAAGUUUCAAAAAUUAUAGACUUUGGCUCCUAAGUAAAGCAUUUGAAACAGAAAACGUUUGAACCUAAUA